AAGUCUCUGCUCGGUCUUUCGUCCACAAUCAGCCUGAGAGCGGAGAAGAAAACAUGUCCACACUCAACAGAAAGAUCGUCAACACUCCAUCAGCUCCGGCUGCCAUUGGUCCUUACAGCCAGGCAGUGGUGGUGGACAGAACCAUGUACAUCUCCGGCCAGCUGGGGAUGGAUGCAGCCUCUGGUCAGCUGGUAGAUGGAGGAGUCCAGGCUCAGGCCAAACAGGCUCUCGUCAACAUGGGGGAGAUCCUCAAAGCUGCCGGCUGUGACUACAGCAAUGUGGUGAAGACGACUGUGCUGCUCGCUGAUAUAAACGACUUCAACAGUGUCAACGAGGUCUACAAGACAUUUUUCAGCAGCAACUUUCCGGCGAGAGCUGCCUACCAAGUUGCGGCUCUGCCCAGAGGUGGACUGGUGGAAAUUGAGGCGGUUGCUGUUGUUGGUCCUCUCUCUGACUCUUGACUAGCCGGCCACAUCGCAAACAAAUUAUAGUCAAACCACCGAGUGGUCUCACAGUCGUCCUGCAAAAGAAAAAACAAUCUGCCAUCUUUCUUUUUGUCAUAGUCAGAUUUUUAUUGUUUGUCUUGGAUGGUUGAUUUCUUUCAGUAUUAUAUACCAAUGGGAAUCUUUCUCUUAAAAUUGUCAACCAUAGAGAAGCUGUUAAAACCUACCAGCAUUUAGUUUGUGAUUUAUUUCACAUUUAACAUUCAGUAACAGAUAAUCACAUUCCCCUGCCUCAGUGGAUACAUUCACUGUCUUAUAUUAACCUCCUUUUGUGGCAUUUCUGUCUUAAUCUCUCUAAUAAAGACAUCAUUGAACUGCU